CACAUACAUUGCAGUCACUGCUACUCAACUUGUCAAGCUGCAAGCUAGCCUGCGUCGCACCACUAAACCUGUUGAGCAACACCGCGCCACAAGAUGUCGACCGCUCAGCUCUGCCGCACCCGCGUGAACCGUUGCUCAAUUGCUGCUGCUUCAUCCAGCAAGACGUCACGGAAGAUGGCAGUGGCGUGCCGCGCGACCGCAGAGCCUAUCGUUGUCGCGCCGACCACGCCCGCUCCUCGGCGUGGACACAGCUCCAUGAUUCGGAGCCUGGCGGCUGCAGUUGAACUUGAUGGCAAGGUGCAACGCUACGAGACGUUCGCGGGCCGCUCCGCCAUGGUUGGUGUUGCUGCAGCAACGGUUAUCGAGCUCGUCACGGAGCAGGGCGUGCUGGGCUCGGUCACAGCGGAGUCGGUGGUCACCUACAUUGCCGCGACGGCCGCUGCGGUCGCCACCGCCAUUGGCAUCGCCUUCUUCCGCUCCCGCAGCGACAACGUCACUGACCUGGGUGGCCUUGAGCUGCUGGAGCCCGUGUACGCCUCACUGACGGCCGUGCGCCGCUCCGCCGCAUCCGUCACACAGGCGCAGGUGGACCGCGCCGUGGAUUACCUGUAUGAGACCGUUCUGGAGCGCCGCUUUGACAGCUUCAGCAUUGAGGGCCUGUUGGCGGCUUCGGACGCUGACGAGGGCGAGGAGCUGUAAAUACACACGACAUGCAAAUGGCGCUGCUGGUGCCAGGUGGCUGCUUGGCGAUUGCUUGGCGGCGGCGGCGAUGAUGGCAAGUAGCGGCCCGGCGAAGAGCAGCAGCAAAAGCUGAGUGGCGGUGGCAGCUCUCUGCAGCAAGGUCAAGCGAUUGCGGGCGCGGCGAAGGUAUGCAAGCGCCCCCUGGCGCGCUGGCCGACCAAUUGGUCGGUUGGCUGCUGCUGCAAUGGCUGCAUUUGGCCCUGCUUGUGGUCUUCGGAGCAGCGCCGACAUCAAUUGCUCUGGUUGGGCCAAGAAGCAGAUAGGCAGGUUCGGUUGACUUGCUUAUUGCAUCCUGGUUUGCUACAAACGAUUUGACUGACUGUGUGCGCGAGGCUCUAUUCAUCCCAGCGUGUGGGGGGAGCAGCGACGCUUGACAAGGCUGGGGGCGGUCGGCUCAUACGCAUUGUGACUUCCCACACGGCCGCACCGCCCUCACCUAGUUUUCCAUGCGCGAUACGAUUUGAUAGGCGUGUGGGUUUAUGUGACUGCAUAAACCGCCGACACGCCAGGACUCCGAAGACUCGGCCUAAUGAACCAUUUGAACAGGUGGUGCAAAAGUUUUCCUACAUUAGGUGACAGGACUUAUCGGCAAUGGCACCCACAUCGCAUGCAGUGUACAGUAGAUGCAGGACGCCAGGGUUUGCAUGCGCUCUCUGACAGGGCUAGCCGAUAGCAACGGCUCGUAGAAAUAUUAUUUGGCUAUGCUCGACAUGCACACGAAGGUGUGUGUUUGUUGAUGGGCAUGAGAAACUGCGUGCAUCUUUGGUACAGUAUACACACCGAUGUCACCGUAACGUGGCUGUGCGCCCGACACAAUGCGAGGCGCGAGCUGCGGCUGUGGGGGCUGUGGGCGCCUGCAGCUGGCGGCGGUGUGACGGUAUGCGUUUAGUUGGAGUACUUCACAUUGGAACGUUGGCAUGGGAAUUGAGGUAGCGCCGCAUGAGCGUGCGGUGUGUAGCGAAUGUUGCCACGUGGCAAAGGUUGCACGGGGCAGGCAAAGGAUGCGGAUUACAAGUGAAGGGACAGCCCAAGGCAAAGGACUUGAAGGCAGUACGGUGCUUGGUAUGCGCUAAGUUCGAACGUGUAUGGGGGGGUUGGUUCGAGUUCGGCGAUUCUGAAGUUGGACAGGAUUGGACAGGAGCUUUGUUAAAAACUCGUUUGAAAGCUGUGUGCUGGCAGCAGACAACUGUGCGAUGACGGCUGUGGAGUGGGAUGCCACAUCUGGCUGGGCAGCCGGGUGGUGGUGAGCACGCAAGCAAUUGCAGAACCUCAAAGAGGGGGCAGGGGUGCCAGUGUAUGCCCUGUUGGAUGGCCCUAGUACCGUGGGGGCAUGUCGCACCCGUGGAGGGCACUGUAAGGCCUGAAGCCG